AUCGAAUUAAUUUUUGUUUUCCGCCAGAAAAGAAGCGCUAAAAACACCAAAAGAAAAACAAACAAGAUUUUCCUCUCGCGCUCCCCCCUCUCACGAACACAUUUUCAUUUGUCUAUUUAUUUUACCAAAUCAAGAGCUCAAGAAAGAAGGAAUUGCGGUAUCAGAAGAACCGAUCAGUAGCAAUGGAAACAGAAACAUCGAAUGAAGCGACGAUCGAAUCGAAUGCACAAGGAGGAGGCACUGAGUCCACUUGCAACAACAACAAUGGAGAACCUUCGACUCUCACUUCCGCUGAGUCGCUAGAGUUAGCUGUUGAGUUUACUCAGAGAGGAACUAAAGCCCUAAAUGAUAAUGAUUAUACUGAGGCUGCUGACUGCUUUAGCCGUGCCCUAGAAAUCAGGGUUUCAUACUAUGGUGAACUUGCCCUUGAAUGUCUGAGUGCAUACUACCAAUAUGGCCGUGCAUUGUUGUACAAAGCUCAAGAAGAGGCUGAUCCAUUGGCAACAGUACCCAAGAGAGAUGCUGAAUCUAAACAAGAAUCUGAUCAAGAUGGAUCUGUUAAGAGUGCAAUGAAAGCAGAGUCUUCUACUGCUUCUGCUGUUUCAAGUAAUACUGAAGAGGAUGGGAACCUUGAUUCCAGUAAUCAACAAGGAGUAACAGAUGAUGCUUCUGGAAGGAAAGAUCAGGAAGAAGAUGGUGAGGUUAGUGACGAUGAAGACUUGGCAGAAGCAGAUGAAGAUGAGUCUGACCUUGACUUGGCAUGGAAAAUGCUAGAUGUUGCAAGAGCAAUAGCUGAAAAACACUCAGGUGACACAAUGGAUAAAGUGGAUGUGCUCUCAGCAUUAGCUGAGGUUGCUUUGGAAAGAGAGGAUAUAGAAACAUCUCUCAGUGAUUACGAGAAAGCACUGCUCAUUCUAGAACGGCUUGUUGAACCAGACAGUAGACAUCUGGCUGAACUAAAUUUCCGCAUUUGUUUAUGUUUGGAGAUUGGAUCUAAACCUCAGGAAGCCAUCCCAUACUGCCAGAGGGCUAUAUCAAUUUGCAAGUCAAGGCUGCAGCGACUCAUGAAUGAAGUAAAGGAUUCCUCAGAAUCUGCAAUUGCGUCAGCAGUUUCUGAAUUAGAUGAUGGUGUCCAGCAGUCAUCCAAUGGCUCACAGAUUGAUGUCUCUGUGACAGAUAAAGAAGCAGAGAUUGAAACACUCACUGGCCUGUCUGGGGACCUGGAAAAGAAGCUUGAAGAUCUUCAGCAACUGGCUGUGAACCCAAAAUCAAUUCUUUCCGAAAUUCUGGGAAUGGUGUCUGCUAAGGCAAAAGGUGCAGAGAAAAGUGCAUCUCCUGCUGAAGUGAAAUCUUCACAGAUUGCUAUUGCUGGCAGCAGUGGAGCAUUCGACUCUCCAACUGUUUCUACUGCACACACUAAUGGGGCUGCAGUUACUCAUCUUGGUGUUGUGGGAAGGGGAGUUAAGCGAGUGGUGAUGAGCACAAGCUCAACAGGAUCAAGCCCAGCUAAGAAACCUGCAUUGGACCCUUCAGCAGACGACGAAGAUGAUAGUACCCACUAGUGAUUCUGAAUUGAAUGGUUCAUGCUUUGAUAGUUAGCCCUAGCUAUUAAGUUUCGUUAUUCUCAUAUCUUACGGUCAAAAUAUUGGUACCAUGAAUCCUUGUAAGCAGGGACUGCUGUCAUGAGCAGUAUUAUAUUUUGGAAUGUAGGUUGUAAUGACUCUUCCGAUCGUCAAUACUUGCAACAUCCGUUGGAAAACAAUAACAUAUCUUGUAGCAUCCUUGCAAA